GUGGACUGUUAGUCCCCGAGGGUCUCUACAGCCCAGUAGGGCCAGCAUUUUUUUAUUUUUAGGUUUACAAACCCGCCGCUCGCUUUUUCGAAUUUUCAGAAAAAAAAUAAAAUUGAGAAAAUUGGGAUUUUUUUUCUUUCCGAUGUCAAAUUUGUAUCGGGAUCGAGAUUUUGAAUUUACGAACUCGUAUUUCCGGUUGAUGAAAACAUGGCGCUUUGAUGGAAAAAACGUGUAUGGCCUGGUUUAGUAUUAAAUAUAUCGACGGGAGUGCCGUUCGGAAAGUUUUCGCUCGAUCGGAGGACACCCAACUUGCUGGGGAAUUUGUUGUUCAGGGGUAUGUUGGUGAGAUGAGGCAUUUGGUGAAAAUUGAGGGUUUUAAGACUGACGCAGAUGAAGCAAAUUCAAGGCAGAGUGAAAAUGCGAUGCAAAUACCGAACGACAUGCCAAUGCAUACUGUCGCUGCAUUUGGGGUGCGAUACUUAGUGGUAUACUAUGAAAACAACGCCAAGGCAGUUCCCGAACCAACUAAACGAAAUGCUUUUGAUGUGCUCCGUGAUGUAAACAGAGUUUAUGACUGGCUGCCCCCACCCAAAAGGACACCAUCAAACAAUAAGGACAAGCUCUAUAAUGAUGUUCUUCAGAAAUGUAUGGAUACCUUUCAAGUUGGUUUUCGUAGACAACAGCAGGAUAUUGGAUCAAAGAUCAUCAACACUCUAGUGGAAACUCUUUGGUUUAUUGACCCUUUUCUUGACAAAAUGAAGGAAAGAUCCUGCAAGAUCCCAGACGAGCUCUACUUUUGUGGAUACAGAGAUUUGAAAAAGUGUCAUAAAAAAUAUGUUGGUGUACAGAUGAAAGAGCCAGAACUUAAGGCCAGGCUAGAUGCCUUAGCAGAGGUACUGAUGUAUCCAUGGUGGACGAAUCCUCGCUUUCAAGUAUUUUACAAAUGUGUGAAUGGUCUGUACAAGGCAUUGGAGAAAUACCAUAAAUUUCUAGCAAAUCAGCAGGAGCGUACCAACCAAAACCAUGCAUCCCCCACACCUGUUAGAUCUCUCAACGACAAUUGGUCCUUAAAGUCUAUAGAGGGUAAUCCAGGUCAGUCUGUACCAACUGACUGUAAAUCCCUUAUUUCAAAACUUGAAACCUUGGAUACUUACGAAGCAGUCCCAUUAGACAAUUUUGAACCUAGUGAGGUGAGUGAUAGGCGCAAAUGGAGAAUGAAGAUAGAGAGCGUGUUACCAUUUCCAGUAUCAUUGUUUUCAAUCAGUUUUGGGAACUACAUUGGCAAUUCACUUUUUUUAUGGAAAAUACCAUGUGCAAAUGAAAGAAGUGCUGAAAAAGAACUUGAAGUAGUGACUCACAUUAAGGACAAAAUGCCUGUGUUUUCUACCAGAGCAAUAAGGAAAGAGUUUUUUGAAAGAUAUCCGAAUCUGAAACCAUAUGAACUGAGAAAUAUGUUCUUCAAGCUUACAAAUUUUGAAUACUGUGCAGAGAAUCAAACCACUGCAGCUGUUGAUGAACGAUUCUUGAAGUUUAUUUUAUCUAGUGAUGAUGAAGACUUAAUAGUGGACCUUAGGAAAAACAAUGGCCGUCCUUGUGACCCGAAGCUACAACCAUUUUGGGAUGAACUUGCCAAGUUACUGGAGGAGGUUUCAACAGUGGAUGAUCGCCGCCAGCAUUCAACAUCCUAUCUUCCAUUUGCAAUUUCUAUUGAUGAUUUACGAGAACAAGUGAAAGCAAGACUUCCUCCAGGUGAUCCGACUCCUUCAAAUUCCUGGAUCAGACUGAAUUUCAUGCCAUCUAACCCAAUGGCUAAAACGGCAGCAAACUACACCGGCAGAUUCAAUGUUAAAUAUGCUGUACAGCAACGAUUGCUGCGUGCACAACAUGAUGAUGCAUCCUUUGCCUUACAUCAGUUCUACAUGUUGAAAGACAUGGCCGUCCAGUACAGGGAAUUUGCUCACAUGCAGUGUCUUGAUGAUAAAGCAAUCGUACCCAUAGGUGAACCAUACCGACCUGUUUCCACUGGUGUUAGGGCACAUCAUCAAGGACUGACAAUUAGCAAUAGCAAAGGCCUACUUUGUCUCGAUCACGAUUACAGCAUUGCUGGGAUGGUACCUUCAGUGUGCUUUCAAGUGUCUAUUCCUGAAAAUUCCAGAGAUUCAUUUCAUUCAGGAACCUUACAUAUUACACUGAAAGACAAGGUAUUCCAGAGCUCCACUCCAUUUAGGCAUGGUAUGGAAACCAUCAACAUUUUGCGGGAGUUUCAUAGUCAUGAUGAUGUGAAUUUGGAUAAGCCAAUACUCUUCCGUUAUACAGAUGGUGGUCCUGACCACAGGACAACAUUUCGCUCUGUUCAAGUUGCUGCUUUGCUGGAAUUUAUAAGUUUGGAUUUAGACUUGCUAGUCUGUGUUAGAACAGCCCCAAACCAAAGCUAUAAUAAUCCUGCAGAGAGGAUGAUGUCAAUUUUGAAUAUUGCAUUGCAGAAUACCGCCCUUUGUCGUACAGCCAUGUCUGAGGGAAGAGAGCUACAAGCAAAGCGAUUGACAUCACUUGCUUCCAUACGAAGAUAUGCUGAGAAAAAUCCAGAUUUCAAAACUGACUAUAUAGAUUCUAUUCAGGAGCCUAUCACUAUUAUUUCUGAACGAUUUCAGAAACUUAAACUAAAAGGAAAACCUGCUCAUGUGCACAGUGCAGCAACAGAUGGAGAAAUCAAAGAUCUGCUUGAAAUUAUUCAUGUGCUCGAUCAAGACUACAAAACAGAAGAUAUUUCAAACUUUGAAAAAUCUAGGAUGGUUCAUGCAUUCAUGAAGUCACAUGCAAGGUUUCGCCAGUAUUCCUUUCAGCCAAAGUUCGCAACUAUGUUGUCUGCCAUGACUGUGGGAAAAGACGGGUUGUGUAUUCUGCUGCAAAACUAACUAGGGAGCAAGAAACCGCAGUCACUCGUGUGAAGGAAGAGCUGCUUUACUCAUGUGGUAACCCUCUUUUCCCUGGUGGUGCUUACCAAGAUAUUAUCAUCGUUAAGGAGGGGAUGAAUUGUCAGAGCCCCAUGGAGACCACGUACUAUUCUGGAACUGCCCAGGUGUUUGAGUCUGUGUGUUUUCAUUGUGGCAAAGACGAAGAUUUGGCUGAUAACGAUGAAAUAAACAAUUUAAGGUCGAACUAUCUUGUUCGUCCCAUUUGUAACCACUGUGUAGCCAGUGGAAAGGAGCCGGUUACACGAGCAUCAAAGAAACAGCGAAAAUAAAUGUACAUUACAGAAUAAAGUCGAUAAUGAAUCAAAA